UAAUACAACGAGCGUAUACACGAGCUGCCCGCUGCUGUCGCCCUCACUGAGACUCAGAACGGCGGACCUCACAUAAGCUCGGUACCUCUACGUACAACACCUAGAUAGGACUUAUUGGCUGGCGGCGUGUCAGGUGUGACAAAUACAGGUAGAGAGCCCCAAACGACGGCCUUCAUGCAUAUCAUAGAACUACAAGCCAACAUGGCACUGAAUCAGGCUCCCGCCUUUCAAAAUGACAAACAUUUGUGUAAAGAACAUCCAGAAGUUCAACUUCAAAUGAUAUGUAUGAGGUGUAAAAACGAACCUGUCUGUCACAAGUGUGUCUCCAAUUCACACCGUGGCCACGACUGCGUCGAUGCUGAGUCGUUUCUGAAGGAACAACAAGAUGAGUUGGAGGAAACACUUGAAAAGGCGGGAGCGAAGCUGGAAGAUGUGGAUGCCGAGUUAGGCGGGUUGCGGAUAAAGGAGGAGAUUGUGCAAAAGCAGUGUAACACUGUCGAGGGCAGGAUUGGUGCCCGACAAAAGCAGGUUAAAGACUUUGUCGAUGGAGUCGCUGGCAAUCUGAUCAAGGAAACACAUGAAUUCUAUAAUCAAGAAGUUGAAGUAAUUUCCCAACACGAGGAGAAACUACGGAGAUUAAAGGCAGAACUUGAAAAACGACUUUUAACUUAUCAGCAAUGGAUAAUAUCUUCUGAUGUCGAAAUGGUGAUGAAGAAACAGAAAGCCCUAAAAAAAUUGUUAAGACGAAAAGUGUAUUCCGUUCCCCUCUUAUCAAAGCUUGAGUUUCCAUUCAAUGACCGUGCCGACACAACCAUGCAACUGGAAGUUAUAUUUGGAAAAAUUACGACUGAUUCGAAAAAAGAAGAGAAACAAGAGUUCAAUGGAAGUGGGGAAAGAGAAAUUCAAGACGUUUGUGUUAUUUCCGAGUUCUCGAGUGGGGCUCCUGAUGUGUACGCCAUGAGUUCGUCAGAAGGAGCAGAGGUUUGGAUGUCAUCCGUGUUUAGCCGACAAGUCCGCCUCAUGUCUGACAAAGGCCGAUUGUUAAAAACCCUCAAGGUUGACUUCCCGAUCUGUGACGUCAGCUGUGACUGCGAAGGGGAAAGUCCAACAAUAUGGCUGAGCUGUACCAACAACACCAUUAAGAACUUCCUCACAAAUGACCCCAUGACCUUUGCUACAACGAAUGCUACACCGUACUCGAUUACGUCUUCACAUCAUCUGAUCGCAGGUCUGCGCUCAGGACAGCUCGUCAAAUUCUCCAAAACUAUUUCGGAGAUUGUAGACGUGGCCCAAUGUGACAGGUCCGGAGAAAAACUGGUGUCGCUUCCGCACAGAAUAGCCGAGAGUCCACUCACUGGAGACAUUGCAAUCGUCAACUGGGAUGCCAAUCCCAACAGUAUUGUGGUUCUGGACAAAUAUUUAAACUUAAAGUUCAGACAUUACGGGAGGAUCGUUACGUUUGGGGUCGGGGAGUAUAAGCGACCAGAAGAGGCGGGUGAACCAGGUGUCAGUUCUUUUUUUCACCCACAGGAUGUGUGUUAUGACAAGGACGACAAUUUGGUGGUAGCGGACGAGUCGUGCGUGUUCGUCAUGGAAAGCCAGACGGGCAAGGUCAUCGGUAAAGUACUGGAUGGUGACGUAAAAAUCACGGCUAUGACGUCAGAUAAAGCAGGCAACAUGUGGGUCGGGUUCUCUAAUGGAAAGGUGAAAAUCGUCCGAUACGUAAUUUCUUAAAAUCACGUUUUAUCAGACAGGGAAAAAUUCGAUUGAUUUUUGGGAGAAAAAGAAAAUGUAAGUUAGGAAAAAUGCCAAUUUUUUUUUACAGCAUAGAUGUAUUUUCACCUUGUGUUAGUUUAUGAAAUCUAAAAAUCAAUUUUACUAGUCUCUUGAUAGAGAGCAUGUCGUAACCUUUCAUUGGUACACAGUGUUUUAAAAACAGUAACCGGGCCCUGAAAGCAUUAUACUCACGUAAAUGAUGUCUGUUCCUCAGUUAGACUCUUUGUUUCAAUGAUGGUAUAUCAAUAUAUUAUAUUAAGACUGUAAUGUAUCUGUUAAAAUGUCAAGUUAUAAAAUGAGGUGCUAAGGCUCACGAGAUUAUACAUAAUCAUCAAUGCAACUGCUUCCAUUGAAGAAGUUAUGAAAACUCUAGAUUGAAAUACCAGUCGAAUUUGGGAUAACACUCCCCGGGCCUUAUUGAUAUAAUGACGUCAUGCUGCCUUCAACAAAUGACUAUAUGAUAUGACUCACCAUGUGUAUCAUAAAAGAUAAAAUAAUUAUCAUUUUCAAUUACUAAGCUUGCUUUUCCUUGAAGACAAUCUUCAUUUAUUUAUAACAGUAGAAAUAACUUUCCAAUUUUUUAUAAAAAAAAUUCUCUGAUCAUUAUCACAAACACAAUGGAACGUCACGUAAUACAUCAUAUGGUUGCUACAAAAAGCUGUCUUUUUAUACAGUAUGACAGUUUCGUAAAUAAUCACCCUUUGGUUGUGAACUGCACCAACACAAUACACACACAUAUGGAUAUUGAUAGAUUAUUAGAGGGCACCAUGCACUAUAUAGAGUAGUCAAUCACUUAUCAUUGCUGUUGUACAAGGGGGUGGUAUUCGAGGUUGUCGUCUAGGAAUUUCAUUGGUAAUGUUUCAAAUAUUACUUACUCAUUUAGCUAUGUUAAUAUGCAAAACAACUGUAAACAGUUCUGGUGAUUAUGGCGCUUAUUGCGUCAAACCUAUUUAUUUAUAUAAAUCGUUUUUAAGCUGGGAGCUACAUUAUCAUUCUUUAUGAAUUUUGUUUGAAAUUUUCAGUCGAUCGUCAUUGUUAGGCGUUUUUAAUAACAAAUAUAUAUAAUGUAUAUGGGAAAGAUACUUCAUCAAUUUGUUUGAACGGGGAUCGUUUAAGGCGAUGUCGCUUUGGUCAGUAUUCUUGUUACUCUUCUAACAUCUUUAUUACGAAAAUAAUAUUCUAAUAUCUCAAAGAGUGCUUAAUAUUGCGAUUGGUAUCUAUUUGGAACUAAAUAUGAUAAAGCUGGUCAUUUUUAGUCUAUAAGUGUCUUUCGCAGUAAUAACGAUACCUGUUAUCUAUUCCGUCUUUGCGUAUUGCAGA